AUGCCGCCUUUCCGAUUGCCCUUCUCGUCCAAACGACCCACCAUCAACACUGACCCCGCCGUCGACGAGAACGCUCGCCCGACGCCCAACGAUGCAAAUGUCGCGAGUCCAUACCGAGACAAGCCUUCACUGGCACUGGGGCUCAAAGAAAAGCGGAUCGAGCCAAAUGAAUUCAAGUUGAGCUCGGUCAACGAUAGCGGCGAAUAUCUUCCGCCAUCUCCCACCGAAAGCAGGCCUACCUGGCUCAAAUCCCCCAGUUCUGCAUCCAACAACCACCGACAGUGCUUUAAUGAAAACGAGCCGUUUUCUAUCUCUCGAGAAUCCUUCGAAUCGUACAGAAGAUCAUUUGAUAUUUCCGGCCGUUCCCCCAUACUACAAGCGGACAGUUUUACUUCUCGUACAUCUCUUGACUCUCGACCAGCCAGCAGAUAUCCCACCCGCUCGACUUUGAACAGCACGACCUUUGAGAGACCAGCCACUGCCGAGGAAGGAUUUGAAGAUGUUAAAUUGAACGAGGAAGCCAAACAACAACCCAAGAAGAAGAGCUUUCUAUCUCGAUUCGGCGAUUCCUCUGGCGAAACCACCACAAAAGAAGACGGCAAGCAUCACUUCCACAUCUUGCCAGGAAGGAAACGAGGGCAAAGUGGUACAGGAAGCGAGCUUGGGGAUAUGCCGAGACCUCAAAGCAACGGCAAAGCAGAGGUAUCUGUACGAUGA